AUGCCCAGGGCGCUGGAGCUGGUGCAGAUCUGCGGCGGCGUGCGGUGCGCGAGCAGAAAGAGGGGCUGCCACUCCGUUGGUAUUCCUGGACGGAAGGUAGAUGACCCUUACUUUAGGGCGGCCAUCAUAGAGACACAGAAACAAGGUACUGGGGUCACGAUCCCAACUGGGAGGGACAUUGAUGGAAAAUAUCUUUCAGAGAACGUGGAGGAGAUAAAGAAGGAGAUCAACAAGUGGAAGCAAGAGUUCCCUGAGUAUGGUGCCACUAUCAUAUGUGAUUCAUGGACCGGUAUUUCUCGCAAUAGCGUAAUCAACUUCUUGGUAUAUUGCAAUGGAAUGAUGUACUUCUGGAAGUCUAUUGAUGUAACUGGAAAAAUACAAGAUCAUCAUCUCAUACUUAAGGAGAUAACAAUUGUUCUGAACGAUAUAGGGCCAGAAGAUGUGAUUCAGAUAGUCACUGAUAAUGGCAGCAACUUUAAGAAGGCUUGCAAGCUGUUGGCAGAGGAGUACCCUCACAUUGUGUGGCAGCCAUGUCUUGCCCACACGAUCAACCUCAUUCUUAAAGAUAUUGGAAAGUGGGAUGAUCACAAGGCCAUGAUUCAGAGUGCCCAAUAUAUUUGUCAAUGGUUAUACAAUUCUAAUAGUGUGCACUCCAUGUUUAAGAGUGCCACUGGUGGGAGCUAG